UCCUGCCCGAUGACAGCUGGGAUAGGCUCCAGCAUGCCCGCGACCCUAGUGAGGAGAAGCGGCUCAGAAAAUGGAUGGAUGGAAAUUUGGAUUUGUGGCUGCGAAUGACUCCGCGGCGACCCGGAUGUAAACAUCGCAGCCAUAUUGGACGUCCCGAAUGAAGACGACCAUCCCAAAAGAUUGAGUGUUAUUUUUGACCCGGCUUCCGAACUCGCCAGCUUCCUCCAAGUAUUAUUUUCUAACUUGACAUCCCUCACGGCGAGCUGUCGACAGUCUGUAUGGAGCGGCCGAGCGACUACGAGGCGACUACCGCCGAAACUUUCCGCUCACAGGCGGCGCUCAUCAUGGAGCUGGCGGUGGAGGCGGCCGUCGGGAUCCUCCACGGGAGCCUCGCCGGCGUCGAGCUGAAGCCUCAGCUAACGGCCACCUUGAGCGUGGCGGCAAAGGAGGCCGUCCGGCAAAUCUGCAGCGUGUUCGGUCAGCUACUCGCCAGCUCGGCCAAGGAGAACGAGACCUUGCGGGACAAAGUGGGCCGACUGGAGGCCGAGCUCAGUUCAAGGGACAAGCAAACGACCGCGGCCGAGAAAACAAAAACAGCAGACGCCAAGCGACCAGCCGCCAUUCCCGCGAGCCUCGCCGUGUCCAUCAUCAACACGGCCAAAGCGUCUUCUGCCAAAGCGAGCGGCGGCGACGGCGGUACCGUUCGUGUUCCGCGGGUCAUCGUCAGCCCGCCGCUUCACGUCGCGUUGGGGGCCCCGAGCGGCCCCGCGGCGACGCCACCUGAGAACAACUUUGGGGGAGACGCGCAGGAUGAAUCCUCUUGCAUGAUGUCACUUCCCGCGGCGGCGGAUGAGCGGCUGUGUCCCGAGGCGUCGGUGGCCGCCACUAAUGAGAUGGCGCUCGCUGCAACGGAGGUUGCGAGGACAGCAGAAACAGUUGAAGUGACAACCGAAGAGGAUUUUGUGGCCCUCGCUCAACUCGGUGCGAGCGAGGAAGACCUGAAGGAGCAAGAGAACAAGCGUCGGCGUGAGCUGUACAAGCACAAGCGCUUCUUCUGCGAGCUGUGCAACAAAGGCUUCCACCAGCAGCACCAGCUGAGGAAACACACGUCGCGCCACGUCAAGCCCUUCCCCUGCACGCUGUGUGACAAAGGCUUCUACCAGGCCACGACGCUGCACAAGCACCAGCAGGCCCACCGGCUGCGCGAGGCCCAGGAGCGAGACCCCGACAAGAUGCUGGCGUGCGAGCAGUGCGGUCGUAAAUUCCGUCUCGCCCGGCAGCUGCGCGCCCACCAAGCGUCGCACCGGCUGGAGAAAACACCCCUGCGCUGCGCCAUCUGCGGCCGCACCUUCACCUCCGCGGCCGUGCUGCGCUACCACCAAAUCUCGCACGGCGAAGUCACGCCGUUCAUGUGCGACGUGUGCGGAAAAGGCUUCCGGAGGAAGAGGAGCCUGCGCGAGCACCAGACGGUCCACACGGGGGCGCGGCCGUACCCCUGCCAGACGUGCGGAAAACGCUUUUCCACCUCCGGCAACCUGCGCGUCCACAAGCGCUCUCACUCGGACGAGCGGCCGUUCAAGUGCGACGAGUGCGACAAGACCUUCAAGUGCCGCAUGGGCCUGCUGCAGCACCGCGUGGUCCAUUCGGGGGAGAAGCCCUUCGUCUGUCAGACCUGCGGACUGAGCUUCGGACUCAAGUACAACUUCCAGAGACACCUGCGCCUCCACAGCGGAGAAAAACCCUUCAAAUGCGAGAAGUGCGGCGAAGGCUUCUCGGGCACGUGGGCCCUAAAGACGCACAUGCUGGUGCACGGCGCGGAGAAGCCCUUCAUGUGCGACCUGUGCGGCAAGACCUUCUUCUACAACUGCCAGCUGCAGAAGCACCAGCUGCUGGUCCACGAGAACAAGGAGCGCGCCAAGGCCGGCGGCGCGUCCGGUGGCAGCAGGAGGCGGCGGCGGCUCUCGUCGGGCACGAAGGGCUUCAUCUGCAAGAGUUGCGGCAAGAACUUCAGCAGCGUCAGCACGCUUCGCACGCACGAAAAGAGCCACGCCGAACACAAGGAGUUUGUAUGCGAGACCUGCGGGAAGUCGUUCCACCUGCGCCACCUGUACAUCUACCACACGCGGCAGCACAGCGGCGACCGGCCGUACGUCUGCGCCGUGUGCCAGAAGGCCUUCCUGCUGCAGUCGCAGCUGCGCCAGCACGAGCUGCUGCACACGGGCGUCAAGCCGCACCAGUGCCAGCAGUGCGGUAAAGCCUUCCGGACUCCACAGAACUAUCACCGACACCUGCUGGUGCACACGGGCGAGAAGCCCUACGAGUGCGACGCGUGCGGCCGCAGGUUCCGCCAGUCCAACCAACUCAAGUCGCACAUGCAGAUCCACACGGGCGUCAAGUUGUACUCGUGCCAGACCUGCGGCCGCGGCUUCUCCGACUCCAGGCAGCUCAAGAAGCACCGCUGCGGGGGCGGCGUGAAUGGCUCGCUCGAGUCGGGAAGCAAAUGCAAGAAUGAGAAGCGCUCGGUAUUCCCCUGGAGCGAUGGUUUUGUCAACGAGUGAUU